AUGCUCGACUUCCUGGCACCGUGCCUGAGUGACGGUGCUCGCCAUCCUGGAAUGCUCAUUCAUUAGCGCUGACCUCUCGCCCACUCUCUCGAUCAACAACAGCACCAAUGCCCGCUACCAAGCCUCCCUCGAUGCAGCCUUAUCCCACUUUCGCUCUCUGCUCGCAUCCUCCUCUUCGCGUUCUUGGAAACCGCUACAGCUCUCCCAUGCCUCAACAUCCGCCUCCUCCACCUCCACCUCGUUGGACUCGGCCACGUCCUCCGGUCUGAACGGCUCCGUCGCCAAAGGGAAAGGCAAGGCCAAGGAACUGUUGAACGGGAUCGGUUCGGUCGAAUUGGGCAAUGUGCGCGUGCAUCGUAGGACGGCCAAAGGAGCCGAUGUCGUCAGGGCUAUGACCGAGAUCAACGUCGCCGACGGCGUUGACCUCAGCUCGUUCAAAGCCGUAUUGCAGACGCCCGAAGUCCGGAGUAGCUGUACGUGAUGGGAUGCCCAGACUCGAGAAGAAUCGCACACUGACCCAUUGGCAAGGCGUGGUUGCGCUCAGGGGACAAGAUGGUCGAACACGCUCACACGAUUGAGCUACUCGACCCUCAGACGAGGAUUUGCAAGACGGACUACAGACUGGGAUGGCCGGCGAGGUGAGUUCUAGUGUGAUCUCGAGCUCAAAAUGUGGUAGCUGACGUGUGCACACAUCCGUGCACAGUCCCCGAGACACCAUCACAAUUUCAAAAACCUUCUCGGAUCCAACGACCCUGAUUGACAUCUCGACGUCGCUGCCUCGAUCGACCGAAGAGCCGGCCUUCCUCCGACCGGCCCCACCCUAUGUACGAUCGCAUGUGCAUCUCCUCGCGUGGUGUAUCCAGAUCGUUCAACCGACAUCGCCGCAGCCUGGGGCGACCGCUUCGUUGACAUCAGCUCUGUCGACCUCCCCGACCUCGACCUCGACCCUGCUUUCGUUGAACCCGACGGGCACGACGAAGCUACGCAUCAGCUUAUUCUGGCAGUGGUCCCUCAAAGGCGCAAUUUUUGCAACCCACCAUCAACAAGUCGCUCAACUCCUCGCUGGUCUGGGUGACUUUGUCCGCGAGAAGGGAUCCCAGAUUCCGCUGGUCGUGUCGUACGGUCGUGGGCUCGAGUUGUCGAGCGCGAUUUAUGAUCGGGGGCAAGAGACGCGCACGAUCGAGUACUCCAUCGUCGCCGAUGACGAGGACGAAACCCUAAGCGGAGGUGAAGUCGGCCUUGACGAAUUAGCUCGUCGCAAAGAGAGAAGGCGACUCGAGCGCGCCGUUGAGGUGUCGUUGGCGAUUGGAGAGGGAUGGGAUGUGCGUGUCACGCCGACGGCGGUGGGUGAAGAAGUCGACACCACAUGGACCUCGACCGUCGAGACUAGAGCGAGCGAGGUGGAUCGAAUGACGUUGAGGUUGUCGCAUGCCAAGUUGAGCAAAUCCGAACAACUCGUGCGUGUGACGGUGGCGAUCCAGAGACUCGCCGGAGGCAAGGUGAUCAAGGUUAAUGGUGAAGCUGUGACGAUCACGACGAUCGAGCCGAGGGACCCGUCGCACUUUGUUCGAGCGCUCUUGGAUACGACCGAUGUCGAUGCGGCGAGCAGCAUCACAGCCCUUAGCCAAACCACCGCGUCAAAUGUCGCCGAAUCUCCCACUACCUCGAGCAUCGACGUGAACAAGGCGUCCAUGUCUAGGAGGAGCUUACCUGCGCCCCCGACCGCCGCAAGCGAGAUCAACUCGCUGCUUCGAAGGAACUACAUUUACUUUACUUCGCUGCUGCAAGAGCCCGAGGCAAAAUGGCGGCACAUCUCCGACUCGAGAGGGGUGACCGUGACCCAGCUCAACUCGAUCGACCCAACCCUGACCAUCUAUCGGGCCGAAGCGACGUUCGUCGGUGUCGGGGUUUGGGAUGUGUUUUCGACCAUCUGCACACCCGGCGCGAGGAUGCAGUGGGACAAGACCUUGGAAGAUGCGGUUCUGCUCGACGACGUCAGCGAACUAAGCUCGCUGUGGCACCUCAAAACCAAAGCGGCUUGGCCCGUGGCACCUCGUGAUUCGGUCACGAUUCGAACGGCGUACAAGUCACCUUCGUCGGUACACAUCUUUUCCUUCUCGACCGACGACAACGCCUUGUUCCCCUCCAUCCCUGCAGUCGUGGCGCCGACGAUUAGGACCCAGACGGAUCUGCACGGGUGGGCGAUCGAGGCACUCAGUCCGACGACGACCCAGAUCACUUUACUCGAUCAGUCCGAUCCGAAAGGCUGGUCGAACAAGUCGUGGACGCCGACGCAGAUGCUCAACGCCGUGGCCGGCGUCGGUGAGUUCUCGAUCAAGAAUGGCGGUCCGCCCGUUAUUACGAGGAUGUUGGGUGCCAAGGCGACGCUGAGCAAGUACGAUCAUGACAAGGGGUCGCUCAAGACCGAGUACCGAGCUGCAGCAAUCUCCCCCUCUACACUUUUGAUGCCCGGUGACGACUUUGCGACGGCUACAACCACUGCCUCGACAAAUCUCUUGGGCGCACCUACUUCUGCUUCGACCUUGAUAACCACCGCCCCGGUGUCGGAAGCCGGUCCUAUCGAAUGCGAGAUUCGCUGCGACAUCAACACAUGGGCGUCCAGCAUCGAUGUCGUCAUCGACCCGCCUCCCGCCAAGGUAUCGUGCCUCUCUCGGCAUCGCCUGUCCUCGGGCGGUGGACUGUGGAUCACGAUCGAGCAUGACGCGGCCGCGGUCGGCGAUGAUCGGAUCCUCGUCGUCGUCAAGAAGGGAACAUCGGGUAACUCGGGUGCGGCGAGGGAGAAGGGCUCGGUGACGAUCAACGGCGCCAAGACCAAGGUCGACGUUGAGAUGUUGCCCGAAGAUGAAGUGAAGCUCCUCGCGAAGAGGAAGCGCGUGAAGGCCAGCCCGAUCCCUUUGGAUCAAUAUUCGACCCAUGGACCGAGGAACUGGCAACAUACUCGAACUCCGUCCCAGGUGGGUCGCAACUCGCCUAUGCCGACUCCAACAGAGUCGAUCAGCGAGGAUCCAUUGGCGGGUGCAGUUGCUAGCGGAGGCGCGGUCCCCGCCUCAGGCCAUGGGCCGUCCCCGCUCUCGCGGAAUGGGGUCGUUGCGGGAGGAGCGAAUGUGUCCAGUACUGCACAGACUGAAGGGGACGCUGCGGUACCUGUUCCCGCCCUCCAGCCGCGCCUCGACCCGCCAGCUGUCGCUCUCGAGGCGCUCUCGUGGCUCCAAACGUUCCAUGCCGAGCAAGGGCCCGAGUUGACCGACCCGGCACCUGGAUGGGCCAUCGUCUCUGAACGAGCCGGCACAGUCGUACGCAAGAAGCUCAUUCCUCGCAUCUCGGACACGUUCUCCGUUUAUCGCGGCGAUCGUAUCUUGCAAGGCUUGACGGCCGAUGAAGUCGCUAGCGUAGUCUCGGCCGUCGGAUGUCGAAAAUCGUGGGACGAACGCGUCGAUUCGGUCUCGGCUCUGGCAUCAUAUGGCUUUGGGACCUCGACCGCGACGUUCACUACCAAGCCGACGUUCCCCUUCAAAGGCCGCAUCUUCUACGUCGCUUCGGUCAACUCGCAGGUUCGAGUCCCUUCGCCGUCGAGUGCGUUGAGCACUUCCAAGGUUCUCUUCUGCGCCUCGGCGUCCUACGUUCCCGACGAGCAAUUCGACAAAAGCAAGAUCAACCCCAGCAGUCUCCUUUCUGGUCAGAUCCUCGUAGAGGGGUGGAUCCUCGAAACGCUCGAUCCCUACUCUUCGAGCCUGUUGGCGAUCCCGUCGACUCGCUGCACGUACGUCUCUUGCGUCGACCAUGCUGGCUCGAUCCCACAUGCUUUCAACUCGGUCCUGAACGCCAACAUCGUGCGCAUGGUCAAUGCCGUCGAGAUUCUCGCCAAGACGAAAGGACCUUUGCCCCGUCUCUGGACACCCGAUGUGGGCUUGCACAUCGAAGGCCCGCUGAACGACGACGGCGAUCAGGAGUGCGUGUGGAAGCUCGGCAACGCGGAUCAGCAAACGACAACGGUCCUCAUCGCCGACCACGAGAGCUCCGACGGCUCUUUCAGAUCGUUGUUCCGCGUGUGUCCCAAGUCACAGAAGCAAGCGCAGAUGGUCAGCGCCGUCAAGAACAUCUUGACGCCUUCCGUCCCGGUUGGUACGAUCCUCGAGAGCAAAUUACCGCGCUCGGCAUCGCUCAACUUUGCUACCCCUGCGACCUCGCACAAGCCGCCGAUUCACCACGAGUUGGCGCGCAAGUCGAGUCGCUCAUCUCUCAGGAGCGUCGCGACGACUGCUACGUCUGCUGCUGGUGGCGUCGGAGUGGGUGCGGGGACUGGGACACCGUCAACCCGAUCCAAGUCGCCGACCACGACCCUCGAUGCGGCGUAUGCGGCUACGGCCCAUGAUCUACUCGUGGCCGAACUCGUUAUCGACCUCAAGCAGUACCCUUACGGUUAUUCAAUUACUUGCUCCUCUUCGCUCCUUGGUAGCGAUUCGAUCGUGGAUCCCAUCUCGACCGGGCCUAUCGAGUCCACCGAUGCCCGUCAAGUUCCCCUCCGUGCGACGGCCCACGAUGCGCCUCUGCCUUCGAUCCUCUCGGCUUCCCUCGAUUCUUGGAAGCGAGCAAACCACCUCGUGCGCGUGCUGAUCCCGACGACGGCGAUCACCCACCCUCUGCAUGACCCUUUGCUACGCGAUGGGUCGACUAAAGCGGUCAAACCGGAAUGGUAUAAGAAGCUGAUGGAUCGAGGCGCGCUCAUCGAUCUUCGCAUCGUCCCUUUGCCACAAGACACAUCGGCUUCUGCAGCGGCGGCAGCAAUGCAAGCUACGGUCAAGGGCGCCGCUUCGAGUUUGACGACGCGCGUUCUGUUCAAUGAGGAAAAGGUUCCUGUGGCGAGUCAGAAAGAUAGCAAAGCUUUGUUGGCGAGAUUCGAGGAUGAGGAUUUGCCUUCGCAAGCCGUCAAGAUCAGUCGGUAGGUUCGCUCUGGAACUGUUGGCGUCGAACUCGGGGACGGUAGUGGCUGAUGCUCCAGGGAUCUUCUACAGUGUGCCUCGGAAACGCUCGUCGAAGCAUGCCAAAGACUCGGGUGAAGCAAGCUCGACCUUGCCCGAGGAGCUGCGCCGACCCAUCGCUGUAGCUGUACGACUUCUUACCCCCAAGCCCGCGUCCUCUACGGUCGACGAUCUCGAAUAUCCGGAUCCCAAGUCCCCCGGAAUACUCACACCAGCUGAGGACGAAGGCGCCCGUUCGCCCGCUUACGCAGACAAGUCGAGUGCUUCACCUGUGGUGAGUAGCAUAUCACAUCACCAUAGUGUUCCCUAGCUCAACACGCUGGCUCUUUACAGAUCUCUCGACGAGCCACCGCGACCGGCGAGAUGGCGACCGGCGGUUCGGGUCCACUGUUGGGCAUCCUCGGAGCCUACCCCUUGUCCCGACUGGGCUCAUCCAUGGUCACUACAGCAGCUGCAACACGCGACUCGGUCGUCUCAUCCGAGAAAAAUUAUUCGCUCUCGUUCGUGCUCGUGGUGGCGAUCAUCUCGUUCUUGCUUGGUUCUCUCCUGCGCUCCCUUUUGACUCGUGAGUUGGGCUGCGACUCGGUUCGGUCUUGGUAAUUGAAACUGACGCGUAUUUACGACCUUUUCAGCCGCCGAUUAUAUCAUUUACCGACCCGCCGAAGCGGAGGGUCAACAAGUCGAGCGAGCAUUGAUGCAAGCCUUCGAUACCGAGCGACGGUGGCGCGAGGCGAGGCGCCUGAUCGAGAUCCGCCUCUUUCCUCGGCUGUUCAAUUGGGACUACAUCGUUGCAGCAGUCAAGCGGGAAUGA